AUGGCUGAGUCGACGAUACCAGAGUCUCAAGACGGUCCCGAGCCUGUACAACCACUGCACCUGACCAGGGCUGAGACGCGAGAAAGCCUUCGCAACAUGGGCAUUUCGGAAAGCCCACCACCCCUGGACUACAACUAUCCCGAUAUUGGACGGAAAGAAGACCCUGUGUUUCCGGAAGAGUAUGUCAUCGAAACCAGCACCGGUCUUGUCCCACAAGCAACAUUGGAACAUGCUCGAUCCCGAGCCUCUACUUCGACCGCAACAACACCACGCAACGAUCUCCCCGCCGACCCAGAAAAGGGCUCUGAUAAAAGUACAGAAUUUGUGACUUUCACUAUCGGAGACCCUGAGCAUCCCUACAACUGGUCCCGUGUCUAUCGAUGGUAUAUUACGCUUGUCGCAUCGGCAUUGGUGGUAUGCAUCGCUUAUGGCUCAUCGAUUGUCACGGGAGGCCUGGGGUUGAUUCAGGAAAAGUAUGAUGUGUCGCUGGAAGUUGCCAUCUUGACAUGUUCAAUCAUGGUCUGCGGCUUCGCGGUUGGUCCGCUACUUUGGUCUCCCUUGUCAGAGAUCAUUGGCCGCAGACCUGUGUACAUCAUCUCGCUGGGCCUCUAUUUGAUUUUCAACAUUCCAUGUGCGCUCUCGCCCAACAUUGGAGGACUCCUUGUUUGUCGGUUUUUGUGUGGUGUGUUUUCUAGCUCUGGUUUGUCCUUGGCUGGUGGUACCAUUGCCGACAUCUGGAGCAUUGAGGAGCGUGGCAUGGCUAUCGCGUAUUUUGCUGCUGCCCCCUACUGUGGACCUGUCAUCGGCCCCAUUGUUACUGGCUGGAUCAAUGUCGGUAGUCACCGCCUGGAUUUGUUCUUCUGGACAAAUAUGGCCUUCGUUGGCGUGAUCAUGGUCAUGAUUGGGCUGAUCCCCGAGACUUAUGCCCCGGUCAUUCUCAAACGACGGGCUGCCAAACUCCGAAAGGAAACCGGCAACCCAAACAUCAUCACUGAACAAGAACAACAAAAACUGACUCUGCGCGAUAUUGCUCGUACAAGUUUGAUUCGCCCCAUUACGAUGAUCAUGACGGAGCCAGUUCUCGAUCUGAUGUGCAUGUAUAUCGUGCUCAUAUACUCCAUGUUAUACGCCUUCUUUUUCGCCUAUCCAGUCAUUUUUGGGAAACUGUAUGGCUACAACGAUGGCCAAAUUGGGUUAAUGUUUAUUCCCAUCUUGAUUGGCGCCGGCUUCUCGCUGAUGGUGACCCCCGCCAUCGAGAAUCAAUUCAAGCGAAUUUGUGCCUCGCGAGCACCCACUCCCGAGGAUCGACUCAUAGCCGCUCUUAUUGGAGCCCCGUUUAUUCCUAUCGCAUUCUUCUUGUUGGGUGCAACCUCUUUCAAGCAUAUCAUUUGGGUUGGACCCGCCUCGUCCGGUAUUGCCUUUGGUUUCGGGAUGGUUCUGUGCUAUUACGCAGUGAACAACUACAUCAUUGAUUCUUAUCAGAAAUAUGCGGCAUCUGCCCUGGCUGCCAAGGUUUUCCUGCGAUCCGGAGGAGGUGCUGCUUUCCCGUUAUUCACCACCCAGAUGUAUGAUCGCCUUGGCCUUCAGUGGGCCUCGUGGCUGCUUGCCUUCAUUGGGGUUGGUAUGGUGUUUAUACCAUACAUAUUUUACGCUUUUGGAAAAAAGCUUCGUGAGAAGCUAUCCCAUGACUAG